AUGGCGCCCGUCGAACCGCCGCCUGCGGGCAGCGUGAUGACGUACGAGCAGCUGCGGCAGGCGAAAAUGCAGGCGACGCAGCGCGCGUUCGCGGAGCUGCAGAGCCUGUCGGCGGAUUUAACCCAGGAGACCCGCCGGCAGGCCGGCGAGAAUCAGCAGCAGAAGCAGCCCCGACGGACGCUUCAGAACUCCUUUGCUACGCAAUACAUCGAGCUGGACGAGAGGCUUCAGAACUCCCCUGUUACGCAAUACCUCGAGCUGGACGACAGAACGCCAGAGCUUCAGAACUCCCCUGUUACGCAGUACAUCGAGCUGGACGAGAGAACUCCAGAGCGCAGCACUCCACGCCGAACCCGAGCCUGGCAGCUUCGGCCUAUGGGCUCGGCAGGCUCGGCCGAGGCUGGGACGGUGGUUCGGUGCGGGAAGGAGGUGUACACGGAGGAAGACCUAAGGAAGCUUCGAGGGCAUGUGAAGCCGUAUGACAUCAGCGUUGAGCGAUUCAAGAAUAGGGUUUAUGACCCUGUAAAUGGGAAGACAUGUCACCAAUGCAGGUAUCUUGAAUAUGAGGCAGAAGACGUUGGGGCUGCGCACCGAGUGUGCGGCAUGCAAGGAUCGCUCUGUGUGCGGACAAUUCUGUGGGGACUGUCUCUUUGUGAGGUGUGGGGUGCGGGUUACCAGUCGGUUGCACACUAUCUCAUGAUCACCAGGAUGGUCAAAGAUGGGGAGAGCACAGGAGCACGGGCGGAUGGAGGGGUGGAGGGGGGAAGUGGCAGUGAGGAGGGGGGUGAAGCGGAGGGAGGGAGUGACGGAGCAGGAGGAGAGAGUGGGGAGGGAGAUGAAGAGGGAGGAUGUGAGGAGGAGGGGGGACAGGAGGGGAGUGAGUUGACGUUGAUAGAAGAGUGUAAGGAUGGGAAUGAGAAGGCGCGGAAGAGAAAGCGGGAGGUUGAGAGGAGUGCCAUGGAGACGAGGGGACGGAAACAGGGACUCGGGAGGAAGAAGGAAUGUGUGAUCAGGAAGGGAGAGGAGGAAGACGAGGAGGAGGAGGAGGAGGAAGAGGAGGAGAAGGAGAAAGAGGAGGAUGAUGAGGAUGUUGUGGAGAUUUGGGUGUGCAGAACGGUGGUGCAAGUGAAAGAGGAGAGGGAGGAGGGGGAGGUGGAGGGAGUAUCGGAGAUCGAGUGGACCAAGAUGACUGCAGUAGAGGAGGAGGGUGUGGAGGAGGGAGAGGUGGAGAGAAAAGAGGAAGAAGGCCUAAGGCGGAAAGGGCAGGUGAAAGUCAAGACGGAAAAUACACCAGCGACCUGUGGGAAGAAGACAUUUGGCGGUUCGAGUAUAUGGGGUAUCAAGGGAGGGUCACUUGUUGAGAUAGCCACAGGAGCAGGUGCAGGGAGCGAGGUGAAGCGAGAAGACAGCGAGGUGAAGCGAGAAGAAAGCGAGGUGAAGCGAGAGGAAAGCGAGGUGAAGCGAGAAAGUGGGAUCAUGACAAGGAGAGCCGCGGCAAGAAUGGAGGCUGAAGCUGCCAAGUUGAAGGCGGCUCAUGGUCGGGUGCUGCGGUCUCGUACAAUACAUGUACCACAGACAGGAGGAGCAGCAGCAGGAGGAGGAAGAGCAGGAAUGGGAAAGGGGGUUGCUGCUGCAGUUGGGGAUAGUAAAAAGGGAACAAAGUGGGGCCUUAAGCUGGUAAUGAGGAGCGCUGUAAAGGGGAUGGGGAAGAGGGGGGGCAGAGAAGAAGUGGAAGAAGAUAAGGCACAGUUGAGGCAUCUCCAGAAGGAAGAGGACUCUGAGAGUGAUGAUGAUGUAGUCGAAGUGGUGGUUGCUAGGACAGUCUAA